UGAUGUUUUCAGAUUUUCCACUUUUUAUUUAAUGUAAAAUUUUAUUUUAAAGCUCUCUAUAUAUACCGUAGUCAUAUACUGACAUGUUUCUAGCCAUAAAUGAAGCUAUCGGGAUGUAUUUGUAAUUGGUUACCUAGUAUUAAAGCUGAAGAAUUAAUUCAACAAAGACUGCAAUGAAAAUGAAGCAAAGCAUUCUGUGCACUGCUCUAAAGAGUUUUUCAAUGUGCAGUGCAGACUAUGCCUGAUAUACAUACACAGUGCUUCAGCAAUUAAGACACUAGAAACCAUGUCUGAAAGCUCCAAUUAUGAUGAAACGAUGAGAAACUACCUUCUAUUGGAGCCUAGUUCUCUCAAGAAUAUUUGUCGCACUUGCUUAGUUUAUGGGGACCUGUUUUUGAUGGCAGAAGUAAAUUGGGAAGGAAUUAAUUUAAGUGAUAUGCUAUCCCAGUUCCCUUUACAGCUUUCCGAAGACCAUAAUUUAUCUAAGAAAAUGUGCCGAACCUGUAUUAAAACUAGCUACCGAAUUUAUCACUUUAUUCGAAAAUGCCAGAAUUCUCAAAAGGUGCUGAAUUCCAUUCUACUGAGAGACCAAUGGCAGAAAAGUCAAAGAAUAAAACCAGAAGUUAGUGAUACAGGCAAAGAGGACGUUAAAGAAAAAGCACCUGAGGUUUUACCCGAUCCGCUUGUGAGUAGUGAUAAUGAUAGCAAUUUGGAUGAAACCGAAUGUAAUAGUGUAUCAUCCAACGAUACGGAAGAGAAAGAAGAGGCGACGGAAAGAAGUGCAAAUCCCCAAAAAAAGAUUCUGAAUAGAAUCACCUCGAUUAAGGAACAAAUUAGUAAAAUACGGGUCAAAAAUAGAGUCAAGUUGAAAAAGAUGGCAAAAAGUAAACUUCUUAACUCUCAAGGAAUUUCCAUAAAACCUAAGAGAUAUGUAUUCAGAAAAGGCCCUCCAUAUAUAUGCAUUACUUGCGACGCCUCCUACAAGACACAUGAGGAGUUGAAACAGCAUAAGAUUGAAACAAAGCACAAAAAAUCGUUGAAGUAUAAUUGUGAACAUUGCGAGAGAAAAUACGACACUUUUUGCAAGUUUGAGGAGCAUGUCAGAACGCACACUGGUGAAAAACCGAAUAAAUGUGCAACUUGUGGCAAAUGUUUCAAUUUUAAGACAGACCUAAAGAGGCACAUGGUGAUGCAUAUGGAAGUUAAACCUUACCUAUGCCGAUUUUGCAAUAAAGGUUUUGCACGAAAACAAUACUUAACGGACCACGAACGAAAACACACCGGAGAAAAAUUAUUGUGUCCUUUUUGCGGGAAAGGGUUCUAUUCUUAUUCCACUCUAACGUACCACGAAAAAACUCACAAAGGGCCGGCGGACUGUAAUCGCAACUCUCUUAGUGGUUUUUAUCGAUGUCACGUAUGCGACAAAUCACUACAAACUGAAAAUACUUUAAAAGCCCACGUUUUAUUGCACGGACCACGGAAUUUUAGCUGCCAAAUUUGCGGAAAAACUUACAUCAGCAACAAUAGGCUGCAGGACCACAUUAAAUUAACUCAUCAAGAAAACAAGUUUUGCUGCCACCUCUGUAACAAGGAGUACAAGCAAAAAAGCGGGCUGGAAGUGCACAUAAAAUCACAUUCUGGUGAAAAUAACUAUCCAUGUGAAAUAUGCGGGAAACGUUUCGCUUUCAAGGGCUCCCUUUACCAACACAAGAGAAUCCAUACAGAAGACACAAAGUACCAGUGCAAGGAGUGCCUGCACAUUUGCAUAAAUCGGCGACAUUUAGAGAACCACAUGAGGAUCCAUACCGGUGAAAAACCAUUCGCUUGCGUUUAUUGCGGAAAGCUAUUUGCUCAGAAGGCAAACAUGCAGGCACACACCAAAAUCCAUACAGGCGAGCGGAAUCACUCAUGCAAAUUGUGUGAUAAAGCGUUUUACGAUACGAGAGGACUAAAGAAACAUAUGAACAUUCACGAACGGAAUGGGGAAAUUGAGAAUAAGUAACAGUGAAUGGCAUUAGUCUAAUUUAAAAUAUUAGAUGAAGUAGCUUCAAUUUAGCCAAUGAGUUUCGACUUUGUUUGUUUUUUAUAAAAUUGGAACUAAACUCUCGCACUUCAAUGCGUAUUUUUUGGUAGGAAUUAAAUAGGCGUAGUUGGCACUUUAAAAUGUAUAAAAAGGCGAUAUAUGUUUUUGAUGGUUCGGCCCAAAAUGUAGAUACUAGUAAUGAAAGCUGCAUUGUAGUUACGUAAAGCGUGUCCAUAGCGCGCUAUUUACUUGUACGCUAUCGUGUUAUCCCAAAGGUUUAUUAAAAUUAAAUUUGUUAUUAUUGCCAAAUUGUGAGAAAACUGUAGAACAAACUUUUUUACUUGAUACCACAUAUAUUUACUACGCCAGGUAUGUUGAACAACACCAUUUGUUUGCUAACUUUGCUGGGAUUCUUCUUAUUUUCUUUUUGGUUUUCCAUUGAUUUGGUACUCGCUUGGUUUCUAAAAUUUUCUAAAAAAGCGCAGCACUGUUUACUAUUAUUGUUUCUCCUCCAUAUUUUAGCAGCUCAUUGGGUAUGCCAUCAGGUCCCGGCGCUUUUCUUUUUUUGAUUUUCCUGUGGUAUUCAUGAGUUCUUCACUUGUAUUUCCUAUGAUUUGUUCGUUGUCGCCCUCUUCUUCUUUCUCUCCUUCUUUCCCAUCUACUGCAUGUUCAUUAUUCCGUUCAUUGUAGAGUUCUUUAAUGUAAGCUAUCCAUUGUUCUGCUGCUUCUUCUCCCUUUAAGCAUUUUCCACACUUUGCGUUGCGCUCCUUAAAGAGUAUUCCAUAUCUUUGGUAAACCGUAUCCAAUAUUCUCUUUUCAGGUUUCUUACACGGAGUUUACAUGGUUUGUUGUAUCUUUGCCUUGCUCAUAAUUGUUAGGCCUCUUAUUACUAUGUAAUAAAUUACUACUAAUAAGAAGUUCAAUAUACAUUUGAAAAACUUUAAUUUUAUUUAAUUGUGAUUAAAACAUAAUUUUAAAUUGAACUGCCUAUUCGUUUGAUGCCGUGAUUGUGAUAUUGAUAAGUAAAGGUGAUAUUUCUUAUAUGAACGGGUCAUCCUGUAUAUAAUAUUUGUAUUGUGAUUGAUGGGGUAACAUUGCAUUGCACUUAGAAACAUUCCUUAGAAGAUAAGUAAUAACUAACUCCUUUAGUAUAAGUAUAUGUGUUUGUAUAUAUUUAUUUAUUGUAUGGUUGCUUUUGUAUUACAUUUAACAUAUAAAAACGGG